AUGAUCCCAUUAACAACAUUUUUACCUAAUUAUAAUACACAAUUACCUUCAUUAAAUACCAUAGUAAAUAAUAAUACAUUAGGUGAUAAGAAUGAUGAUAAUAAUAAAUUAGGGGAGAAAAUACUUCAUAAAAGUGUAGGUCACCAAGAUGAAGAAAAUAUGGAAAAAUUAGAAGUCGAAAUUAAAGAUGAGGAAGAUAAUUUUCGUCAACAUCAGAAAACCAAAUCAUUAAUUUAUGCAAUAAAACCAAGAUGGAAUGAUUUAUCAUCAUCUCAACGUAAUUCUGUAAAAUCUCGGAUUUGGUCUGAAAUGUUUUCUGAUCAUAAUAAAAGAUGGGCUAGAUUGGUAUCAGAUUUUAAUUCUGUAGAAGAUAGUUUAAUGUUAGGUAAAGAACCUAUCGAUUUUGAUUUUUAUGAUGAAAUUAAAGAAAUAUUUGGAGAUGAAUCUUCAAUUUCACCAACGUUCUCAAUUCUUGAUAAGAACGAAACAUCAAUUUCACAAGAAAAUGAAGGCGAAUUAACACAUAAUGAAGAAAAUGAAGAAGGAGAAUCAACACUUAUCGAUGAUGUAAAUGAAGAGAAUGAUCAAGAACAAGAUUCCAUAACGACUGAUAAUGAAAAAUUGAUAACGAAUGAUGAUAAUAGUAUAAAUGAAAUAUCAAAAAUAACUAAAACUAGGAUGAUUUUAAGAAAACAAGUUCGAACUCAAAGAACUUUAAAAACUUUAAAGAUUUCAAGAACUUCAAAAACUUCAUCCAGAAAACGUGCCAAAAAACAAAUCAAUGAAGAAGAAAAUUCAUCAUCAAUUUCUGAAACCAUAGAAAAAGCCAAACUUCUUGUGGGAAAUAUGUCAACUGAAAAGAUCAUGAAACAAAUUCAAGAUAAUAAACGAGAUUAUCAAAUGCCACUGGAGAACGCUGGAAAGUUUGAAACCCGACCCAACGUAAUAAUAUAUGGUGGAAAUCGACUUAACUUUCUUUCUUCCUGGUUCUUCAUUUGGGUAUUUCGUAUGUUGAAAAUAUCCAGAAGUCAUAAUUUGGGAGAAGAAAAUUUGACCUUACAAGAUUCGGAAAAAGCUAAAGUCGUUGGAGAUAAAUUGGAAAAUAAUUGGAAGUUGGAAUGUACUAAAAAAAAGAGCAAACCAUCAAUUUUUCAAGCACUUUUAAAAUCAUUUGGUACAUCAUAUGCACUUUUAGGAAUUUACAAACUAAUUGGAUCAAUAUUUUUAUUUUUCGUGAGUUUAUUCAUUUGCGUUUUAAUGAGUAGCAUAUUUUUCAGUCAAGUGAUUUCAGAAUCUACUAGAAUUGGAGUGCAGGUUCGAGCUGCAUUGAUGGUUUUGAUUUAUCGAAAAUCUUUACGAUUAAGUUCAGUGGGUGGAAAUAUUGGAAAUAUUGCUGAAGCUUGUGUUAAUUUUCAUUUCUUAUGGAGUUCUGCAGUGGAAAUAAUAGCUAUGAUUAUUUUAGCUUGGGUACAAUUAGGUUAUGCUGCAUUACCAGCAUUAACUAUACUUCUUGUUUUAUUCCCAAUUCAAUAUAAACUUGGUAAUAUUACUGCCAAGAUGUCAAAUUCAACUACCAAUGUUACAUCCUCACGUAUACAUUUGAUGUCCGAAAUUCUUACCGCAAUUAAAUUAAUUAAAUUUUAUGCUUGGGAAUCAUAUUAUCGUGAUCGAGUUAAGAAGGUGAGACGUAAAGAGUGGUUCCUAUUUUUAAAUAGUAUUGUAGUCAAAAUUUGGACUUUUUGUGUGAUAUUUGGUGCUCCAGUUUUAGCGAUGUUGGGUUGUCUUUGUGUCAAAUUAUUAGCAUAUCCUUCACCUGAUAAUGUAUUAGAUGCUAGUACUAUCUUUACUGUUUUGGCUUUGUUUUAUACUGUUAGAGCAACUUUAGGCGCAUUGGACUCUUUUAAACGAUUAGAUACAUUUUUAAUGACCAAUGAAUUGGAACCUAUUAAACAAGAUGAUGAACCAAUAAAUGGGGAUCCAAAUUUAAGAAUUUAUAUUAACGAUGCCGAUUUUAUUUAUGAAGGAGCUGUUAAUCCUACUUUAAAAUUUUUAAAUAUGAAAGUGAAACAAGGUGAAUGUUUUGCCAUAGUAGGUGAUGUGGGGGCCGGAAAAUCUUCCAUCUUGGCUGCAAUCAUUGGUCAAUUACGUAAAGAGAAUGGGAUUAGAAAAAUUCGGGGAUCAAUUUCUUAUGUCCCUCAUGAUGCUUGGUUAUUAAAUGCUACCUUAAGGGAUAAUAUUUUAUUUGGAAAUGAUUUUGAUGCCAAACGUUAUUCUGACGUUUUACACGUUUGCGCUCUGAAUCGUGAUUUAAGUUUAUUAAGUUAUAGUGAUGCAACUGAAAUUGGUGAUCGGGGUGUUAAUUUAAGUCUCGGUCAAAGGCAAAGAGUAAGUUUAGCCAGAGCCGUUUACUCCGAUGCUGAUAUUAAUAAAGCUAUUAUAUUUGUUACCAAUCAAUUACAGGCAUGUUUAAUCUAUACAAUGAUCUUAUAA